CUUCUUCUUAUUAUUAUUAUUAUUAUUAGGCUUGUUAAAGUCUGCACUGUUUGGUUUUAAGAUGCUUUGCUAAAUCCCAUUGCAAUGUAAAGUGUUGAUUAAACACCAUCUAUAACACACAGGUUUGCUGGUGUAAAGAUACCUUCUCUCCUGGGUUCUUGGUUCCCAUCCAUGUUUUUCUUUUCUCAGCUUAGUGUUCUUUGUCCUCUUCGAGGGGUUUUCACCAUUGUUCUCUCAGAGGGCUUAUUUCCACAGGGUUCUGUUCCAGCAUUCUCUGCCAGAGUUCCUUUUCAUCACUUCCACAGUACUUGUGGUCCCUGUAGUCCAGAUUGUCCCAGUUGUCCAUAUUAGGGCUGUGAGCAAACCUCUGCCUCACUGUUUAACAUCUAAGGAAAGGUCAGAAAUGUCUGAAAUGCUCUCUUUGUUGUUGUGUUUCAACUCUGUAUGAACAUUUAGAUUGCACAUUUUCAUUUAAACUUUUAUUUAAAGUUAGUAGAUCAAAGGAAAAAUAAUGAAUUAUAUUAAACAAAGCAGACUAACCAGGGUUUACAAUAUAACUUACAAACUACAUGAAAUUUGAACAUGUCUUUGAUAUGGAAUCGACACAAGGCUACUUUAUCUCUCUUUUAAACCUUUAUAGUGUUAUAAUAUACUCAGGAGAUACCGGCAUGUGUUACAUUCUCAUGCUGAUUUUGACCAGUUUAAGGAAAACAACAGAGGGGUUUGCCAAUAAUUAACAGGCUCCCACCAGAAACUUGAGCCAACAUCCAAAGAACCUUGAAGGAACUCUUUAAAGUGUAUUAAUCGAAUUCCAUGCAUUAUGUCAUUCCUUCCACCAAAAACAUUAGCUUUGGGGAACAUUGGCCAGUGUUGGAGCAGGGUGUUUUGGAUUGAUUUUAAUUUAUGCAACAUAAAAAAACAAUUAAUAAAGAGAAGAUGUGCUAAAGGUGAUCCCAGUGGAGGAACAUGUGGAGAACCCUAACCCAAAUGAAGCUGAUUCCACAGGAGAACCUUGCAGGAAACAAUCGGCGUAGGAAACUCUGGAAGAAGGUGAAAGAGGAGGAGAAGAUGGAAGAAAAAGAGGAGGAGGAGGAGGGAGAGUGACAGCACUACCCGUGUCAUGUAUCUUGGGUGGAAUUCAAACCCAGAGUGCUGAGCAGGCAGGGCAGGAGCUCGGCUCUGCUCGUGUUCACAGAGCCAUCAGACCACGGACGGGACAAACACAGACACGCUUAAGUCUGAGCAGAAAUCCAUUUGAAUAAGGAGAAAGAGUGUUAAAAAGUGUUAAAAGAGUGUUAAAAAGGUAAAGAAGAGCCACUGAAGAUUUUUUAAAGAGGUAUCAGUCUGAUAGCAGCAUAACAUGAGACAAGUGAACCUUACUGACUGAAUAAAAAGAUUAUAAUUCUUCUUUAAUCGCAACUAUAAUCAAGAAGCAGGAGAAAUAUCAAUAUAUCCUAACUGAAGAAAACAUGGAACACCUUCCACAGACAAAAGGCAAAGGGUUGUUGAUGUUUGCAAGGCGCCGUCAAAGGAUUGAUGAAAUUGCUGCAGAACACGAGGAGCUGAGAAGUAAAGGCAUACCUGUAGAAGCAUUUGUGGAACCUGAUAUUGAUGCAUCUUUAAAGCCUCCACCACAGCUAGCCAUUCCUCCUUUCCAGCAAAAUGGAGAAAGCAAGCAACAACUGAAUUAUCAAGAUCAUCAAACUCAACAGCAGAUCAUUCAUCAUCUAAACACUGGUAUAAAUGGCCUGGAUUCCUGUCAAGAGUCUUCAGCAUCCAAAUCCCUGGUGUCCAAUAGAACAGCUAGGCCUUUUCUCAGUGGUUUAAAUCAAUCCCAAAGCCCAACUAUGAAGAAAUCUGAAACUAUUUUCAGAGUUCCUGUUCCAGUAAACACAAGUCCACAGGUGUGGUCACCUACAGGAGAUAUUAUUGCCUCCCGUGAUGAACGGAUUGCAGUACCAGCUAUCAAGACUGUAAUUCUGCCUGAAAUGAAAAGAAGAGGUGCAAAUAAAGUCAACUCUACAGAACCUGCAGAGGAAGACUACUUCAGUCUUGGUGCAGAAGCUUGCAAUUUUAUGCAAGCUCCAACCAUCAGACAAAAACAUCCUCCACCAGUCCUUCCCAAGCCUACGAUCAACCCACAUUGUCCACCCUGGUCUGCAGAAGACAAUGCCACAACUAGUUCCCUAACACCAUCCAGUCCUCUUCCUGCACAACAGAACUGGGCCCCACCUCAACCACAGCCAGCUACCAAACCCUGGGCUUCUUCACCAUCUCAUCCCAUGCCACAGCAGCAUGUGUCCAGCUAUCUACCAUCUAGACCAUCACCUAAACCAUCAUGGUCAUCACAACCACAACAGGGACUCACUACUGCAGUUCCAUUGCAGUCAAAUCGCCCGUGGACUAAACCACAAAUUGAAACCAGUUCUAUAGCUUCGUGCCCACCUCCACAAGCAAGGUCUUAUGUCCGGCCAUCCAAAGCUCCUCCAGUUUCUACAAUCUCAGAAAUAGGUUCCUCUGAUGGUCCAGUCCCUAAAGGGAAAGGUGCAGAGCUCUUUGCUAGGCGUCAGACCCGUAUGGAAAAGUUUAUUGUGGAUGCUGAGACUGUCCAGGCAAACAGAGCCAGAUCCCCCUCACCCACACUGUCCAUGCCAAGCACUUGGAAAUAUUCCUCAAUAAUCAGAGCCCCUCCUCCAGCCUCCUAUAACCCCAUAGUGUCCCCUUUCUACCCUCUGGCAGCACAGAAACAAUCUCCUGCUACAACUAGCCCAAGUCCAAAUCAAAAAGGAAAGAAGGAGAAACCAAAGAAGGCACCAACAACCCUCAGUGUUAUGGAUGUGAUGAAGCAUCAGCCAUACCAGCUGGACUCAUCCCUCUUUACUUACAACACCAAUGCUGAAGUGAAAGGUUUGAGCCCUAAACAAUCUUCAGUUCCUCAUGUGGAGUCCAAGCAACACCAGGCCUAUAGUCCCACCUAUCUAUAUGCCUCAUCCCCAGUCCCAUCUACAGGAAGCGCUCAGUCUUUCCCACAGGGUGCUCUGGCCAAACCCAGUGGACCGAUCUACAGCAGGAGUCGGUCCAUGUCCCUGCCCUGGAGACACUCCUCCAUGUCUCCAGUGUCUAGUCCAGGUUUCCACCCCAGCCCCGGACUCGUGAACCGGCAGAUGUCCUGGGCUGAACCUCCUGCAGCUCCCCGGAGUCCUCUGCUCCUGGUCAACCAAGGCUUCGGCUCAGAAAAUGUCCAAAGUCCGACGAGCGGCAGUUUCCAGUCCAGUCUGCACAGGAGGUCUCUGUCGGAGGACAAGCCGGUGACUUACGGCCCACCGUUCAGACCAGCGCAGCCCCUUCCACACAGCAGCAGACACGCCAUGACCUGCUCUCUUCCCAGGAAUUUCUCCCCUCACUCUGAGUAUUCCCAAACACACCGAGUCAGCUGGAGGAUGUAGAGAAGUGUGAUGAUGUCAUCGUCCUUUCACAGAGUUCUGAGUGUGAACGUGUAGGCACGGGACGUUAGAGAUGUCGUAUGCAGGACUGAUGGAUUCAGUGAGAGAUGUAGAGUUUGAUUACACAGAGCCAGAGGUCUUUAUGAUGAUCAGCACAAAGCAGAAGUGAAAAAGAACGAAUUAAAGGAAGUUUGUAGGUUUGAAUUAAGUUUCAGAGUAAACUGAGAGACACGCUUAAAACACUCGAGCUAGCAGAUCACCAGCACGCUGUAUACUGGUCUAAUGGCUAACAGUUUUAUAGCAUGUUCAGUAUAGACUGGGGUUUUGGAUGCAUACGGUUAAUGUUGCUAAAAAUAUAUAUCACAGUUACUUUAUUUAUUAUUUCAUGCAAAAUUGUUUAAUUGCAGCUUUGCAGUAAAACAUGUCUGAGCAAAGACACACCAAGACAAAGAUCGGUGUAUAUACACUGUAAUGUGCACAUGUUCUCCAUUCAUAGUGUGUGUGUGUGUGUGUGUGUGUGUGUGUGUGUGUGUGUGUGUGUGUGUGUGUGUGUGUGUGUGUGUGAAAUGCUCUUACCUUCACUCUUAAACAUAGCUCUGAUUUCUACUGGGGUUCUUUUUACCAUGUGACUUUCCCAGGUGUUUAGGUGAUCUAGGAUUAGGAUUAGAUGUAGUAUUUAAAUCCAGUGUUGAUGUAUACUCACUAAAAAUACUUUUGGUAAAAUGUUACUAUAAUAAAGAGUGAUUCGAAGGAAGACUGAUGAAUGUAAAGAAUCCUAUAAAGCGUUACAGAAGGCACAUUUCAUGGUGUUUAUUGAGUUCUCGGAGUUCUUAUAGUCUUGGUUUGAACAUUAAUGUUUAGUCCAGAACUGAUGACGUCACCGGAGCUGAAGGUUCUCUCACGUCUACUGAUUUUUGUCACUGUAUCAAUGUUAUGCUUGUUAAAGUGAUAGAAAGUAGAGAAGUUACUCACCGUGUGCAGACUGAGUUCCUGUCACUGAUGUGUGUGUGUGUGUGUUUACCAAAUGAAUAUGUUCACAUUAAAUACAGGAAGUAAACAAACAAAUCAAUAAAUAAACUUAUACAUUGA